GCUCUGCUCUGUCUCUGUCUGACACGACUCCACGCCACACGAAGUGUACCAGCCAGCCCUCUCUGGACACUGACACUGACGCCUCUCUCCCUUCUCCUCCUCCUCCCCCUCCCCCUCCUCGAUCCGAAUAACGGAAAUAAGAGAAACUGUUCAGAAUGAGCUUCCCCGGAAUGACUCCCCCGAUGGGCGGGCUCGGCGGCGCUGCUGCUGGUGCUGGUGCUGGCGCAGGCGCGCAGGGCAUGAGUGAUCAGGAGCAGGCUAUGGUUAAGGGGAUGCAAGCAGCUAUGGAAUCCUGCCCCAUGAAGACCGUCAUCUCCGGAACAAUGGGCUUCGGUCUCGGUGGUGUAUUCGGCUUGUUCAUGGCUAGUAUGUCCUACGACUCCACCCUCACCCCGCAAGGCCAAGCCAUCGCCGACCUCCCCUGGCGCGAACAAGUCCGCCGCGGCUUCAAAGACAUGGGCAGCCGCUCGUGGUCCAGCGCCAAGAACUUCGGCAUCGUGGGCGCGCUCUACGCCGGCACCGAGUGCUGCGUCGAGGGCCUGCGCGCCAAGAACGACCUCACGAAUAGUGUCGCCGCCGGGUGCAUUACCGGCGGCAUUCUGGGGGCGAAGGCGGGUCCCCAGGCUGCUGCCGCGGGGUGUGCGGGUUUCGCGGCGUUUAGUGCUGCGAUUGAUGCGUAUAUGCGGAUGCCGGAGAAGGAUGAUUGAUGAUUAUUUAGGUGGAAUGACUAGGUGGUUGGGUUGGGUUUUUUUGGUGUGGGGGUGGGGAUGGAGGGGGAGAGGGGGUUGCUUUGUUACAUGGACGGGACGGCGUUUGUGCUUGUAUUUGUGUUUCUGUUUGGACCGGGUGCAUUGUUUAUGGUGUUUGGGUUUCAUUUCUUUCUUAUGGGGUGAGAUAGAGGUGCGGUUAGGUCAGUGUUGCUGCUGCUGCUGCUGCUGCUGCUGGCUGGCUGGCUGAUGGUGAUGCUGACGAUGCGGCUACAUGUGGCUAGCCUAUGCCUAUGCCUAUUCCUGUGGGCUGGCUUGGCUUGGCCAUGUUGGGGUGCGAUGGGGUUCAGACUCAACUCAAUUGUAUACUAUACUAUGUAUGUGUAGAUAGACACUACCUAUAGAUCUGAUAAUUAUCUCG